AUGUCAUCUAAAACCUACAACGCAUUAAUUUGCGAAACAUCCGAAUUGAUAGGAGAAGCGACUCAAGCGGACGAAGCGGUUUUCGAGGCUGGAUCCGCUGAGAAAUCGACGUUCUAUCCAUUGCUCUCUGAACUUCGAGUGAGAUAUACCAUCCUGAUUGGAAGAUUGGACCUGGUGUACGACCAAAUAGGGCAGCCACAGAAGCGCUUGAUUGUUAAACGACUGCUGGAGGCGUGUUUGGGAAGACUGCUGGAAAUAAAACAUGACUGGGUCGAGCUCAAUCUAUCGGACUAUACGUAUGAUGAUGAUGAGGCGUUACGAAGACUUAACGUCACCCCUCUAGAAGCAGAACCUUGUGUCCCACAAUACUUCGUUAGAGAGAGACAGCAAGAAGUCGACGAUCGACGUCAGUUCAUUACAGAUGUCCUAAGAAAGCUAGGACAUGAGCCAGCUAAACCUAGACCACUGGUCCUCACAGAACAACAAGCUGUAAUCAUUAUACAGAGUCAUGAAAGAGCGAGGCAAGGGCGACUAAGAGGUCAGUUUAUGAAGGAAAUUCGUCUCCUGAAAGAGAAGGGAAGAGAUCAGAGAGGCGAAAUGUCCUCUACAGCAGCCACCGCCAUUCAAAGAGUCUGGAGAGGGUUUAUUGCUAGACGAGCCACUAAGAAAAGAAAGUUACAGGAACAACUCCUAAUUGGAAUGGAAAUGCUCCCAUAUGUAGAAUCCAAAGAGAUAAAAAGAGCUGAAGAGGUGAAACAAACGCGCCGUCUAUUGCAGCAAGAAAACCAGAAGGAAUAUCAAGGUGCAUUAGAAAACAUCGAGGAUAGGCUUCGAGCAAAACAUGAGGCUAAAAUUACUGAGCGAAUCAGUGACGAGCUAAGACGCUGGAUCACAGAAUAUUACGAUAGAACCACACGUCUGCCAGAAUUUCCGUCCGAAGACGCUGGCGGCAGUCGCGCGAUGUUUAGUAGACAAGGAACGGGUGCUGAUAGUGAACUUAGUAAGCUCUCACCAAUAUCGUCUAAAGAUUCGAAAAAAAGUAAGGACAGCAAAGAAAAGAAAAGCAAUAAAACAGAUGAAAAUAAAAACAAAGACAAAGACGAAUUAGAAGAUCUUUAUACAUUUAAAUGCACAGCCUCAUCAUUUCUGCAAGAAAUAAUAAACACAAACGAGGAAUAUGAAGACAUAUGGAAAUAUAGAGAAGACGAGGACGACCUUCAUGAGAAAUAUGAUGCUGAAAUGAUAGAACGUGAAAAAAUGGCAAAAAUCGAACAAGAAAUAAGGAACACUGUAGAUGAUUUGAUGAGAACUGAACUCGAUCUAUUGCAAGCGGCGUUCGAUAGAGACAGAGCUCAUAAAGGAAAGAAGUCUAAAAAACCACAAAAGAAGGUCCGACGCGGUGGAAAAAAGAGUAAGAAAAAGAAAGAGAAAGAUCUUACGCCGGAUAGGACAACAGAAUCUCUUUUUGAGGAAUUAGUUACCAAUGGUAUCAUCCGACCCCAUCCGAUUGUUAGCAUAGAUGACUAUAUAGGUGAAAAGAGCUUUGUGGGAGCUCAAUGGAGAUGCGAAGGAAGGGAACCAUCACCGUCCUUGGGAGACAUACGGCAAUUGGUGAAAGAAUAUUGUAUUCUGCCUCUUGGUUCUGAAUACGUCAGAACGCAUGCGCCUAUUGUUAGAUCAAUUUUAUUAUCAGGGCCUUCUGGAAGCGGAAAGAAGAUGCUUGUUAAUGCUAUUUGCAGUGAAACUGGUGCUAUGUUAUUCGAUCUAACACCAGCUAAUAUAGUGGGAAAGUACCCUGGAAAAUCAGGAUUAAUAAUGUUGAUACAUUUGGUUAUGAAAGUCUCAAGACUGUUACAGCCAUCUGUUAUAUGGAUGGAUGAGGCUGAAAAGCCUUUUGUUAAGAAAAUACCAAAAACGGAUAAAACGGAUCCGAAAAGAUUGAAGAAAGAUUUAGUGAAAAUCAUAAAAGGAAUCUGCCCAGAAGAUCGCGUUAUAUUCAUCGGCACAUCCCGAACACCAUGGGAGGCGGAGCAGAAACUGCUGUUCCAAUGCUACGCUAAAGUUAUUCAGAUCCCCAAAGCUGAUUAUGGCAGUAUAUCGCUUAUGUGGCGCACAAAACUGCACAGAGCGGGCGCGCUAUCUCCUAGAUUAGAUAUAUCUUGUUUAUCCAGGGUAUCCGAUUCGUAUACUAUUGGUACACUAAUAGGAGCCCUAGACUCUGUGCUUACAACCAAGCGAAGACUGCAGUUACGAGUACGAUCACUGACUGCACAAGAAAUAGCAGUCCAGUUAAGCGCUCGGGAGCCCGUGUACGCGGAACACGAUGCAGCAGCCAAUGCGUGGUGGUUGAAGACACCCAUGGAAAGGAGAAGGCUGCGAAUGCUGCAGAAGUUACAGGAGUUAGAACAGGAAAACGAGGAGAGAGCUGCAGCCACUAAGUGA